AACCAAACAGAGCCUAAGAAAUAGAUAUGUAUUGAAUUGAAGAAUUGUUGUUUUCCCCUUCGGGGCGUCGUUCCCAAAUUCCAGAACCUAAUCUCCAUUUCUGCCGUCCAAUUUUCCGAUUAAUCCCUUGAUUUAAGUCAUCAACCUCCGGUAGCUGACAAGACCUCACUUCGGAUUUCUAAACUCCUCCAGCUGGUUAUUGGGCGUAGGCCCGUUGGGUUGGCCGCUUCUCUGGGGCGAAACCGAAGAAGCCCUAAACCAUCCUCUAUCUCCAGUAUCUGUAUAUAAGUAGAUCACGAGUUGAUAAUCUCCUUUUGUCUAAUUCAUUGUGUUCCCCUGCCCCGAUCUGCAACGUCGAACAGCCAAAAGUGAUAAUCAUGAAUCCUGAAGAGUCCGUCAAAACUGAUGAUCAAUCUUCGAAGGCCAACCAAGAUUCUUCCUAUUGGUAUCGACAUCUUCCUAAUCCCCCGACAGCUGCUGAUGGCCAGCCAAUUUAUUUUGAUGAAGACGACGACGACGAUGAUGAUGAGGUGCCCAGUGGUCCUCCGCCACCUCUACCGCCAGGUGUAAUCCCGGGUGAUUUUGUAAAGAUGCACCCUUUCUAUUGUGCCCGCACGCUUGAGGGAUAGAGAGCUGAAGUCGUGAAUGUUGAAUCAAUUUGGGAAGAUCAAAUGCGAGCAGUCUUGAAACGUGUCUGGACCGAUUGCCCCGACGAGCCCUAUGAAGACGAGGGCCCACCGGCUUUUUCUUUUCGUUAUGGUGGAAAGGAAAAGGAUGUUGUGGUAGCAGGGAUGAUUCUGAAUCAGGUGUGUUGUUCGUGUUAGAUAUAAUAUUUGAAAUUGUAAAGUCAGUUUUUAGUGAUAAGUGUUUUUUGAAAUUCUUGUGCAUUUAUCUCUUUAAGAGUUCUAUCCUCAUUGUACUUAUUAUGUAAAACUUCAACUCUAUAUAUUCAAAGUACACCAGGCUAAUCAAAUCAAUUAAGCCUGUUUGAUUCUUUCAUGGUAUCAGCAGAAAUGGCCGCUUCCACAUCUAUUUCCCCUCCCCACAAUCCCUUUGGUGUUCAUAUUAAAGAUCUUGUUCCUGUCACUUUAGAUCAAACUAAUUAUAUGAAGUGGAGCCAUCUCUUUCUUCCUGUCUUGGAAAUUUAUGAUCUCCAUCCUCAUCUUGAUACUUCUAUUCCUAUUCCCUCCACUACCAUCCCAGAUUCUUCCGAUAAACUUGUUCCCAACCCUGCUUAUAAUCAUUGGCGCCAUCUUGAUCGCUUGAUUCUCACUUGGAUCAAUGCUACUAUAGCCACUGAUCUCUUGCCUCUUUUGUAUGAUGCCUCUUUUGCUGCUGAGGCUUGGAACACCUUAAAAUCUCACUUUCUCCAACAAACCACUGCUCGUGAAUUGCAGCUUAAACUGCAACUUCAAACCCUCAAAAAGGGUGAUCUAUCAAUUGAUAAAUUCAUGACCAAAAUUCAAGAAACCUCUGAUUCUCUUACGGCUAUUGGUCGUUCCAUCUCUGAUCCUGAAUUGGUCCUCUCUGUUCUUCAAGGUCUUCCACCUUCUUAUGAAGCUUUCAUCACUAUGGCUUCUAAUCAGAAACCUCCACCCACCUUUAAGGAACUCUGGACUAUGCUACUUACUCAGGAGUCCCGUAUUGAACAACUUCAUGGUGUUCCUGUUUCUUCUUCAUCCUCCACGGCAUUUGUUGCCACCAAGGACUACUUACCUUCUUCUCGUGGUGGUCGAUCUGCUCGUGGUCGUGGUUUUGGUGGCCGUUGGCAAAAUCAUGGACGCGGUGGUCGUGGUCGUGCAGGCUGGCACCCUUUUGGACGUGGCAAUGGUUCCUUUAUGUUGCCUUGUUCUCCAGCUUCUCGGGGUAUUUUGGGUUCUGCUCCUUACCCGCCAUUUGUUUCUCAACAAUCAAAUCAACCCUCUUUUGCAUCUCCAAACCCUGCUCUUCCCAAUGUCAAGUGCCAGAUUUGCAACAACUCUGGACAUGUUGCUUUGAUUUGUCCAGAUCGUCUAAACAUGCCUAUGCUGCCUCUGAUAUUAGCAGCUCCUUUGCGGGCCUUUCUCUCAAUGAUUCUGGUGAUAAAACUUGGUACAUGGAUAGUGGUGCUGGCUCCCAUAUGA